CCGAUUAUUGCACGCUUCACGCCUUUCUACCGCCUCUGGAAAAUUGCCAAGGGCGACGCUCCCGACUUUUAUCUGAGACUGCAUCGUCAAUAUGGUCGGAUUGUUCGCACUGGGCCGAAGACAGUGGAUAUUUCAGACCCCAAAGCACUGCCAAUCAUAUACGGCAUCGGCAGCAAAUUUCUCAAAUCUGGAUUCUAUGACACUAUGAGCCCGUUCUACGAAGACGAGAUCAUGCCUAGCAUGUUUACGGUGCGCGAUCCGAACCAGCAUCAGGCUCUCCGUCGACCAGUGGCACAGAAGUUUUCCAUGUCUUCAAUCAAAGCCCUAGAGCCUUUUGCGGAUGAAUGCACGAAAAUUUUCAUUGAUUCUAUGAAGGACCUUCAAGGUGAAUGCAUUGAUUUGGGUGUCUGGCUCCAAUGGUAUGCCUUUGAUGUGAUUGGGGCAAUCACUUUCCAGCGCCGGUUUGGCUUCAUGGAGACCCGCCAGGAUUUCAAUGGCAUGAUUGCCGAUAUCGAGAGGGGCCUUCGAUAUGCAGGCACUAUUGGUCAAGUGCCUGCCUUCCACCCGUGGCUUGCGGGCAACCUCUGGCUAUCGAAGUUAUUGGCUGCACAGCCGUUUGUGAAAGUGCCAGAUCCUUUGAGGACUAUUGUUCAGUUUACUCAGCAAUGCAUUGAUGAUUAUGACAGCGAGCCUGUCGAAAAGCACAUGGAUCGGCCGGAUUUCCUUGCUUGGCUUCGAAGCGAGGAGAAGAAGGGCAAGCCAAUGCUGAAUCGUGAUAUGAUUAAUCAUCUCAGCAACAAUUUACUUGCUGGGAGUGAUACAACUGCUAUCUCCCUCCGAGCGAUCGUCUACUUCGUUGUCCAGAAUCCGUCGGUCUAUCGUAAGCUUCAAAACGAGAUUGACGAAGCCGACCGGGCCGGAAAUUUCUCAGAAUACGUAACUUAUGCCGAAUGUCUUGAAUUGCGAUACCUCCAAGCAGUAAUGAAAGAGGCCAUGCGGUGCCAUCCCGGAGUUGCCUUUCCCUUGGAGAGAAUUGUUCCUGAAGAAGGAACUGAGCUCUGCGGCGUUCAUCUCGAAGCGGGUACCAUCGUCGGUAUCAAUCCGGCAGUGAUGCACCACGACAAGACAAUUUUUGGAGACGAUGCCAGUGACUUUCGCCCAGAGCGGUGGAUUGAGUCGAGUGAUGAAGACAUCAAGAUUAUGGAUCGCCAUCUGAUGACAUUUGGGUAUGGUUCGAGGACGUGCAUUGGAAAGAAUAUCUCUAUUAUGGAGAUGGGGAAACUGAUUCCACAGCUAAUGCGGCACUUCGAGAUUGAGUGGGCAUCUGAGGACCCGAAAUGGCGGGUUGAGACAUUCUGGUUUGCCAAGCAGCAUGGAUUAAAGUGCCGGUUUCGCACACGGGAGUGA